ACUGUACUCCGGCAGGGGUAAGGAGUCGGGAAGGGCGUAUUGGGAUGGGCCGUAGGUGAACGGGGAACCCGAGAAAGAAGCAACACAAUAACAAUUAGUAAGUAUGGUAUAUUCCGCUGUUAGUUUCAAAUGGACGCCCAUUGAUUGAUUUUCGGUUAUUCGGUUUAUUUUGCUCUGCCGCCACGGCGCGAAAUGCAACUCGCAAAUAUCGAUAUACGCCUGUGUAUGUGUGCCCGUUUCGCGCGCGUGUGUGUGCGUUGUGCGCGUCGCCAGCCUUUUUUUUAUUAUUUCUCAGUAAUUGUUCAUUGUCUGUAAUCCUGCAAUGUUUUAACUUUUUAACCAAAACACAAUGAGUGGACGGAACCGGGGAAAAGGAAAGAAAGCUGGAGGAGGACCCUACCGCAAUGUCAAGGCGAAUCACAAUUGUGCCCGCAGUUUUGCUCAGCAGGCCAACGAACUGGCCAGCAGCAGCAGCGAAAACGACAACUCCGACUCGGAAUCCUCGGGAGAUGGAGCCCAAAAUGAUCUUGGGCAGCCUCCAGAAUUCGCGGUGGCAAUGUGGGACCUAAACCACUGCGAUCCAAAGAAGUGUUCGGGCAGGAAACUGGCACGCCUGGGACUCAUAUCAAAUCUUCGACUGGGUCAGAAGUUCCCUGGCCUUGUGCUGUCGCCCGUUGGCCAGUUGUGCGUAAGUCCGCUGGACCGGGAUGUGGUGGCCUCAUCGGGCGUGGCCGUCAUCGACUGCUCGUGGGCCAAGCUGGACGAGACGCCCUUUGGCAGGAUGCGCAGCCCACAUCCGCGACUGCUCCCCUUCUUGGUGGCCGCCAAUCCCAUCAACUAUGGAAAACCCUGCAAGCUUAGCUGCGUGGAGGCCAUCGCCGCCACUCUAUAUAUCUGUGGAUUCACGGAGGAGGCACGAUGGUUUCUGGGCAAGUUCUCAUGGGGUCAUGCUUUUCUGGAGCUAAACGACAAGCUUCUGAAUGAGUAUGCAGCCUGCAAGAGCAGCGAUGAGAUUGUCAAGGUGCAGAAUGAGUACCUGGAGAAGGAACAACAGGAGCGGGAUAAGCCUAGGGACCUCCGCGACUUCUAUCCCACCAGCAGCAGUAGUAGUAGUAGCGAGACGGAGAGCGAGGAUGAUGAAGAAGACGCGAAAGCGAAGCCGAAUAACUAAUCUUUACAAGGUGCUGACAUUUAUUAGCAUUACCAUUAGCUUAUGACAAAACAUUUUUACUUGUGUUUUAAUUAACAAACCAGUUGUUGGGAGCAACUACCGAA